UCGUUCGUCGCGCAUUCAGCGCCCAACGUUCGCGAUUUGUGAUAACUCAUUGGUACUGAUAACAAUAUUACGMCGCGUUAAAGCACCUGUUACUUUCUACUUCUAACUUCUAACCAACGUACCUAAUACCACGAGCGACACGAGCUGCAACAACUGUUGCGUUAAGCGUUUUAUGCGAACACGUUUUUGUUUUUCGGUCUGAUCACUUACUUCGUUUGCGUUUUACCGUCGAUUUUCACGUUUAAAGUACCGACUGAAACCCGAAAGCGUUGUCGUUAGUUCGAUUAGUGCAACAGGUCGACUGUCGACGUAAUUAAUGUUUUGAAUAGUAUCAACUGUCGGAGCCAAAGCAUCCGUCACGCGUUACGUCGCAUUUUCAUUAACGCGUACAAUCAUCGUUCAGCAGCAGCAGCUAUUAGAUUGAAUUUAAUAAUUUUCCGACAUGGCUUCAAAAAACUCGAGCAACCACGAUAGGGAUGAAUGGGAACUUACGCCGUACGAAUUGCAGAGGAAUGCUCAUGAAGUUAUUACAGACGAUAGAGAAAUAGCUGUACCGCGGGAGGCUCUUCACAAUGAGCUGAUGUGCCCAAUUUGUUUGGACUUGUUGAACAAAACAAUGGCAACAAAAUGUCUUCAUAGAUUCUGUUCUGUAUGUAUUGUGACUGCACUUCGUGCAGGUAAUAAAAAAUGUCCUACGUGUCGUAAAAGAAUAGUAUCCAAACGAUGUCUACGACCUGACACAAAUUUUGACAUGGUCAUAUCUUUAAUUUAUCCAAAUCGUGAAGAAUUCAAUGUGCAUCAAAAUAAAAUUAUGGAGAACUUAAAUCAGAAUCAAAACCAAGGUAAUAUGGUAAAGUCUAUAACUGAAGGAUUAAAAGUUCAAAAACAAAACCGUUCGUACAAUACUAAAAAUAAACGAAGCGCCCAGGAAACUAGAAGUACCUCAUUAAAUACUUCGACACCAUCAACUUCAAGUCAAGUGGACAAUAAUGUGCUGGAAUCAACAGUGCAAACAAAUGGAAUAAAAAAAAAGAAGAUUGCAGGGCUCGCUGCAACUACUGUAACCUCCAAUAUCAUUGAAUGUGACGAUGCGUUUAAUGGUGUGUCAUUAAAUGAUAUGGAAUUGGUGCUGAAACUUCAUCCUAAGAAAAUGCAUGCUAACAAUAAACUGGGAAAAGACUUGAACAAAACUGAUCUACGUUAUAUAAAAGCACCACCUGCUGCUACUGUGGAACACUUGAGAAGUUAUUUAACCAUGCGGUUAAAUUUAGACUAUGGUAAAGAGCUUGGAAACGGUCAUCAAGAUGUUCUAAUGUAUAUUUCACAAACUACUGAUCAAUAUGUACUCCUCGAUAAMAAUUUAACACUUCAAAAUGUUCAAGAGAAAUUUUGGAAUGUCGAAAAAAAGAAACCAAUGGAUAUUUUUUACUCUUAUAAUUAAAGUUUUAUCUGCAUUGUUUAUAAACUUAAAAUUAUUUGUCAUCAAA